UAAAGUCUCUUGCAUGGACGACGACAAACCGUCAUCUUCUACCCAUGGAACCCACAUCUCCUCCCGCAGACGGACCUGUAAAUCCAACUGCAGCCCUAGACCAGGUUAUUUCACGACUCCAAGCAAAGGAUGAUACGCGCCGAUUCGUUGGCCUAUCCCUGCUCCGCACGCUUCUCGACAAGCAUGAAAGCUUGCGCGAUGAUCCGGCUGUAAUAUCACGCUGUUGGAACGCAAUUCCUACUAAUUUCCUUAAGCGGCUGCUCAAGGCUCGCACAACUGAGCAGCGUAGCCAGGAUAUAGCGAAGAAUAUGGUCACUCUGGCGGUUUCGGUAAUACAAGCUUUUACUACACUACUAGAUGCGCCAGAGCUAGAGGAUGAGAGGAUGAUUGUGCUGUGUGGGAGUCUGGUGGCGGCGCUGUCGGUCACUGCUGAUGAUACUCGGACUUUGGCUCUUCAGGCUCUUCAUCGGGUAGGCGGAGGAGCUAAAGGAGCUUUAGUGAUAACUCAAUUUGAAGGGUUCGGUACCUUGAUGAGCACGGCGUUGAAGAACGACCUCGCCAUGGAUGUGGUAAAAGUACUUCUUGUCACGUUGAUCAAAGAACAAAAGAGUGAAGAGAACACUUCAAAGCUCAAGAAGAUUGAAGAGAGUAUCUUCACUACUCUGCUUGACUCUCAUAAACUAGAAAAAGCACUUCCUAUACUUGAGGCCAUUGCGAAUGUCCUCGAAGAAUCAGACUACCAUCGCAUCCCAAACUGGCUCCCAGCCCUCACGGCUACUUUCCACAAUGCAUUCCGCGCCCAACCCAGCAACAAGCUCUGCAGAGCUUGCACACGCCUAAUCCGGCGCUUCACCAGCCUAAGCCCCUCCUACGACUUCUUCUUCACCACAAAACCUCCAACCUCCGACGGCCACUCCUCAACCCCCAGCCAAUCCUACCCCUUCUCCUACCUCUUCACCACCUUCCUCCUCGUCGACAUCCGCUCCACCAUCCCCUCCUUACUCGAAAUCCUCGGCACCCCAACCUACCCCCCAACCGCCCUCCGUCUCUCCGCCAGCUACGACGUCCUCGGCGCCUUUAUCGGCACCCUCGUCGCACUCUGGGACUCUGACGAAGACUCCGCCGCAGACUCCGCCGCAUACAACGCCGCAUACAACGCUGGCAAGAACCACAUCCUCGACAUCCCCCCAACCCAGCUCCUCGCCCUCCGCAAAGCCCUCGCCGAAACCACCUCCCUGACCCUCGAGUACCUGCGCGACCGCUUCGACGCCGCCAUCGCGGGCACCUCGGGCCUGCACAGCUCCGCAAUCGCCGGCGCCUCCGACGUGCAGAAGACGCUGACGUGGGAGAGCCCGACCAUCGCGCUGGCGAACGACCCGGUCGUGUUGGCCGGCUCGCGGGUGCUGGCGCUGUGGUUGCGGGAGGAUGAGAACGCGCAGCUGCGGACGGAGGCGGCGGGGUGCAUGGAUGUGUUUCUGCAUCUGUAUUCUGGGAGUGGCAGUACAGACGCUGGUGUGACAGGGGAGAGGGAAGUGCGGACGGAGUUCAGGACGCAUGUGCUGCUGGCAUUGGAGGGGAUUGUGACGGUGUCGGCGGGCGUGGAGGCGUUGCUGGAGCAGGAUGGGUGGAGGAUUCUUGUGGGGGAUCUGCAGGCGUGCAUGAGUGCGAAUGCGGGUGCAAUGGAUGCGGGUGGAUAUCCCUACCGCGUUUUAAGCAUUAUCCGCGUGCUGCUUACGGUGGUGGAGUCUGAGGAGGUGGCGCAGACGAAGGAAAGCUGGCUUGGGUUCGUCUCGUUCCUCGCUGCACUUCCGGCGGCCGUACCUGCUGUUUCGAGGACGACUUUGCCGCGGGAAAUGGGGGUGUUGGAUCCGCUGGAGGUAUGGACGGCGGCGGGGCAGUUGGCUGUAGCACUGGUGUUAAAAGCGCCAAGGGCAGUGCAGAGGAAGUUCAAGGGGGAUUGCGAUAGGAUCUGCGCAACAGCUGCUAAGCUGUUGAAGAAAGGAACGGCUACAUUGGAUGAAGGGACUUUAGAGGGCCUGGAAGAAGUGAUUGAUGGGUUUGGUGAGAUGAAAGUUUAG